UCUGAAAGAACUCUGAUACUGAAGGGAGUGGUUUUCUAAAGUAUGAUUCCAUUCUUCCAGAAGAGCCAGGGAACUGUGUUGGCUUGGAAAUAGUAGAAGUGCCACGACUGUGCGUCUUGCAGUGAAACAGCUGUGUACAGGCGAUCCCCAGAACUCCCCCGGGCAGCUUCAGACCCUAUUCAGAGACGGGCCAGUUUGAAAAACAGAACAGUUGCACAGUUACCCUGUUGCCAGCCUCAUACAGGAAUCAGUAUAAGUCAUACUUCUCUUUAGAUUGUUUUAAUUUCACGGAGAGCUUGUGUCUCUUGAAGUGUGUGAAACUACAGUGGGGCAGACCGCCUUUGAUGUUCCUGGAUUCCAAGCUGUGGAGAAGCCACUGCGGGCUACACAGCUCUGGCAUUCGUCAUUGUGACUUCUGCCCCAAGCAGACGGAGGCCCAGCCUGGGCCCCGAGCCUGCUGUUUUCCCAUCACCCCGUCCCUGCCCUUCUGGGAUGAGCGCAGGGUCAGUGCGUGCCCUCUGCCCCCCACCCCAGCUUUCUCAGUGAGGGACAGUAACGGGGGCUCCCUGAGUUGCACCUUCCAGCAGCCAGGAAUCCUUCCCACCCUGAGAGGGGCCCCCACAGACGUCCCAGCCCAUUUAGAGCCUGUGCUCCAAGUAAAGGCGGGAAACGGAGCAGACCCAGAACGGCUGACUGGGGUGUUUUUCAUCUUCCAAAGCCGCAAUGGCAUUUGUGUGAUGAGUCCUUUGAUUUAAAAAAAUUACACCCCUAGGAUGGCAAGUAAGUGAACAAACAGAAAUAAAACCCAUUUGAUAGUGUAGCAGGCCUGGAGGUGGUGUCGUCGCCUCGUGUCCGAGAAACCCAGUGCGUGCGAUGUGGGUGCGGCUCGGCGCCGCCCCGAGUGCUCUGGCUGCUUGGGUUCCUGGCAUGCUGAUUUGUGACUUAAGAUUAAAAUCACAUUGCCAGGGAUUACCACGCAACCAUGACCCUGGCUGCUCCUCCAGAAGCCAUAGUUACCCUCUCUCUGCAGUUCGGGAAACAGAUGCAUCUCGUAGCUCCUCUCUGGAAACAGAAGAAGCCGACGGCCCUGGAAGAUGCUCGCCGGCCCUUUCAUUAUGCCCAGCCGACGACCUCUCUGACGAGGUGCAGAGCUUAGCUGAUUGGUGAACAGUGACUGGUUUCCGCUUUGUUCACAGUGGCUAAGUUCUGCACCUGAAGAGAAGUCCAGGCUCUGUUUCCUGCAGCCGCCCCCGGGACGAGGCCGAGCCAGCCCCCAGCUGAGGCACUGCUUCUCCGGCUGUCGAUUGGACCCGCCCUCCGGUGCCUACUGAGCUGAUAUCAGUUCUCAUUUUACACACUGGCUCAGUUCAGCAGGAACAGGAGUCGAGCCCUAGAGCAAAAGCCUUCCUGUCUGUAAGUGCCCAGAGGCUCGGGAGCCGGGACUACAGCCACGCGAGGACGGGCCGAGAGUGCGCGGCGGGGGCGCCCCUCCAUGUGUGUCCUGUGUGCGGGGAACGUGGAGUCACAGAGCUGUUCUGACACGAGAGGAGGGAGCUUCCGCCCGCCAAGGCGGAGUGCGUGUGUGGCGCGGGCAGUGCACGCCCCUGUCACGGUGCAGUGUGGCCCGAAAGCAGUCCAAGUGAACGCGGACGUGAAACGGGCUGCCUUCCUAGCGCCUGUCUGUCCUGUGAACGAAGACCACGUUACGGCCGCCGGCUUUCACAGCCGUGUGCGAGCGAAGCCAGGUGGCACAUGGUCCAGCUGUAAAGCCCGUUCUCGGGGCUGUGAGAUGUGGCCGGUCCCCUCCUGUCCUCCGCUCGCAGCCCUCUCUCCAGAGCCGAGAGCACCAGGCACGCAGAGUGGGACCAGGAUCGCAUUGACCCUGGACAUCAAAGGAAGGAUUAUGGGGCUGCUAAAGCCAUCAGCCGACAGCCAUGUGCAUGCCUGGAGUGACUUCCCCAGAGGCUCUCACAGUGGAGCUCGUGUAAAAGGCACGUCCUGGUAAACGGUCUCCUCAGGGCUGUGUGACACCUGUG